CUCAGUUCCACGGUAAACUUUGGGCAGGCAAGAGAUCCUGAGUGAGAUUAACGCUAACCUCAAUGUGUUGGCUGUCAACCCAAAACUGCUCCAGAUUUCUCCUCUCUUGUUCUCGCUUUCUCUCGCCUCCUCCUCCGCACGAGGAGGAAUAAGCAGUCCUCCUCUUACGAUAAAUCCACACACCAGUGAAUAAUUUAUGCGCGCUUUACCCCCACACACGGUGCGAUUAUUUCCACUAAUUCCAAUAACUACGAGGAAUAAUAGCCACGAGUAUGAGUUGUAGUUACUUCGUAAUUCGAGAUUCGGCUGAAAGUGAGAAAAACUGGACAACUUUAACAAUCGUGCUGACCUAGGAAUAUUUCACAACUGACACUGCAUCUUGUAAAUAAUACAUUUAUGGUUCGUGCUGAACUACGAAAUUGAGUUUGUGGGUGGUAGCAGUUCUCAAGAUCAAAGAUUGACCUUAAUUAUUAAACUAAGGGCAUUCUAAUCUAUUUACGAGAAUGUUUUAAUUAAAUCCGACAACGAGAGAAUCACAGACAGAUUCAAAUCACGUAAGAUAGACAAACAACAAUCCAACAACGACUUUUGUUUGAUCCUGUUUCGAAAGCAAAACAGCGCUGGAUAAUCAUCACUUCGCUGUGAGUAGACACAAGAAAUUCUAUUUUCACAUGGACAAACAUUACGUGGUUCAUUCGUUCGAACAAUCAGAUUUAUUUAAUUAAGGUUCAAACUUUUGUCUCUCUUGGCGUGACGCUAGCCAGAAAGUGUGGUUAAUUGUAGUGUUUGUCAAGGCGUCGAAAAUUACAUCACCCAGCAAACAAGAGCUCCACAUAAUCCUUUGGACAUUACCUGGAAAAUAAAUUGUCAGAAUUGGACAUAUCUGUCACAACUUUAAUUUUAAAAAAGAUCCGUGCAGUUCUGCCAAACGAAGAAAUAAAGCCAGCGACGUGCCAGUGAAAGAAGACUUGGGGAUAAACACUAUGGACUGUAAAAAGUUUUAUUUCUACAAAGUAAAAGUGAAUAAAUCUCACCCGAUCUGAUUUUCUAUUCAUGAAUUCAGCCAAGGGAAUUUCUCAACUGAGGAGUAACUGUUGGCUGACUGACUUGUGCUAUCCGUGAAAUCUAUAAUUUAGAUUUCUCCACGCAUCAACUUGCACUUCAUCAGAUAUUUGGUUGGGUGCGAAUUUGAUGAAACGUGUGAGGAAUACAGGAUUCUUUAACGUAUUCACCAAAUACAUGGUACUCUCGCUCCAAGAAGAAAUUGGCGACAAGAUGAACACAUUCCUGACGUAUUAAUAGGCACGAGACUCGAGCAGUGAUGGACAGAACAAGUGAUUAUUGAAUUCGUUGGGGCGUGCAAUCAACAUUUCGUGACUGUACAGUGACUGUCGUUUAAUGAGCACUAUCUCGGGAAUUGCACCUUUCUGAAGGCGUACAUUAUUAUACGGCGAACAAAUUAGUGCUAUUCGUCCCUUGAUAUCGCUUCAUCGACCUUGCAUACAACGAAGGAAGGGCAGAGUAGGCGCAGUUUGAAGAAUUGUUCUGCAAGGGAAUUAAGCCAAGUUCAGGACACGGAUAAAUAAAUACAUAUAUACCGAAUAAUGGAAGUGUUUUUUGGUGUCGGUUUAUUUAACUCCUGCUGCUGCCACUGCUCCCAUUCCUUAAGUUUCGAUUUGUGAAAGAUAAAUGUAUCGGUGGAAUUCCCGUGGAUAUAAUAAUACCAGCCACACUAGAAACAGCAAUUUGUCUGAAUCCACCUCCUCUGUAAUUUCAGUCAAGCUCUGGAUUUGGAAUGUAUUUAAGGCAUUUUUCUCUUUACUGCCCAUCCUGCAAUGUGUCGUAAGGAAAGUGAAUCCAAUUAAUUGUCUCGUCUCAGAACAACAGUCGAUUUCCUGCCCUCGAUUGUUCUUUUCCUGUAACAGCAACUCCACGAAUACUCCUUCCUGCGACGGCAGUAAAUCAUCUUUGAUAAAUAAUUGUAAUAUUUCUGGUUGCAACGACAGCCCACAACCGAGGAAAAUGACACAAAUCCUAUCCAAGACAAUGACUCUGUUGGGAAUAGCCUUUCUCAUCCAUUUUAUCAUCAUGUCCACUUUUGCCACCGAAAGAGAGGGUUAUGCCCAUGGAUAUAGUUCGGAAGGUUACCGACGUCAUCCCGAUUACAUUCAUCGUUCUCAGAGAAGUUACCGAAACACAAAUCAGAUUUCAGCCCAUGAAGAAAACGGUGUGGCCCCUGCUCGAUUCCAUAACAAGAGUGAAACAUUCUUUCUGACGGAAAAUUCAACGACCGUCACAGCCCAAAUCGGAAGUGCAACCUAUCUUCCAUGUGCUGUUCGAAACUUGGGCAGUGGAGUGGUGUCCUGGAUUCGCCGAAGGGACUACACGUUGUUGACCGUCGGAAUGGGCACCUACAGCAAUGAUGUUCGAUUUUGGGUGGAGCACAAUCGGGCUGCACAGAAUUGGCAAUUGCACGUUAAAAAUGUGCAAGAGUCGGACGCUGGAAUUUACGAGUGUCAAUCUUCGGUGUAUCCUUCCUCUAGUAUUUUCAUCUGCUUGAGUGUUGUUGAGGCAAAAGCGGAAAUCCUAGGGGAGCCGGAUAAACACGUGCGAAGUGGAAGUACAUUUGAGCUGGUUUGUGUACUGCGAGACUCGACAGAACCCCCUGUCUACGUAUUUUGGUUUCACAACGAAAAUAUGAUUAACUACGACGUUGUACGAGGAGUCGUGGUCAAUAGUGAUUCGGAAAAAAGCAUUUUAACAAUACAAGAUGCCAAGAAAACUGACAGUGGAUCAUAUCGGUGCGUCCCAUCCAAUGCAAAGCCUGCGAGCAUUUCUGUUCACAUCUUGAAUGGAGAAAAACCCGCAGCAAUGCAGCAUGGAAGUCGGAACGACGGGCAACGACCGCUGGGAACUUCUUUUGGUCUCCUGUUUGUCGCCACAGUCUUCGUAGUGACAGUUUGGCUCAACCUCAAUCGAAAUCUGUGCUACCUUCAUCGUGAGGUGGAUGCUGCUCCUCCACCUUUGUCAGACGCUUCUGCUCCUCCUGCUGGAAAUCUGCAACUAGUUCACAUCCCACACGAGGAGGAAUCUCAUCCUCAGAUCACUGGGAAGACGUUCGCCACGUCGAGUUUGGGGUUGAUGCGAAUGGUAUACGACGAGUCGGAUAGUGCUGACAAGGUUGACAUGAGAUUGGGCGCAGCUUUGCGAAAAGAAAAAUUCCGUCUCAUUCUGUCAACUUCAAGGGUUUGUAUCUUGGAAAUAUCAUAUCAUCAGAAUCACACCCGUAACAGGAGAGCAUCUUCGUGGAAAACUCGCGUGCUUCUCGCCAACUCAACAUCAAACAAGAAGAAGGCGAAAAAUGUAGCAGAUGUUGCCGCUCUAAGUCAUGUCGUCGUGAGUACGGAAAAUAGAUCCAAUAUUAUUAACAGUGCUUCUCCCUCUCAUCAUUUUCUAUCCACUCGACGAAACUCCACAAUUACCGAGGAGAACUUCCCAUUAGACAAUUUUUUCCCAUCAUUAUUGUCAGAUUUCUUCUCAGUGCCCUCCACGCCUCCUAAUGCUAAACUUGAUACCACGACGACUUUCUCCUCCUCGUCAGCCACGUCUAAACUUCCAUUUGACAAGGAGUCGUUAUUUAAAAGCCCUGCUGAGUCUGGGGUAGCUGCUGUUGGCCACAACGCUAAUGCUUUAAUUUGGAGCAGGUGAGAUUAAUUCAAGGCUCCAUUUGAACAAACUCCAAUUACAUUUUUGUACGUCAGUUUUUCAUUAAUUAAGGAUAAAGAAAGGACCUAAUAAGAUUUACCAGCGGGGUGAAAAUUAAAACUAUAUUGUAUGAAUAGCUAUAUAACGAUGUAUGCUAUGCAGCAUGCAUACAUUCACAUAUUAGACACUAUUAAAUACAUAUAGGAAUAUAAACAUGUACCUUAUUUGCACAAUUUGUUUUCUUGGUUCUCAAGAAUGCUUUAUGCGUAUACCCUUCAUUACCGUACAUACAAAUAUCAAAAUAAUGCAUACAUACGUGCAUGCAUAUAUAUGUAGGUAUGUAAAUAUGCAUAUCCCAUUGUUUUGUAUGCUAAUGUAGAACAUGUACGUCAUACCUUAGGACAAAUAUGCCAUCAUUAAUUAAGUCCAUUUCAUAAUAAUAAGUUAACUUGGCUCUCAGACAAAUUUAUAUAUGUAAGCUAAAUAGCGUAAGCUAAGAUACCGAUGGGUACAUAACUGAUUGUAACGGUGAAAGCGUAUUUCGUGUACGAAAUGUACGAAAAAUUAGAAGGGAACUGAUUUUCGAUAAAAAAGUUUUACGAUGACAUCAUGCAACCCAACUCAUAGAAUAGUCUCUUGUAGUGUUAAAGUAAAAUUAAAAUACGUGUUAAUUAAUACUGAAAAUGUUUAUCUUGCUCCAUAAGGUUCGAAUAAUAUUGUAAUCAACUCUAUAAUUAAUUCAAAACAGAUAAUUAUUGUUCCAGGGUUUUUGUGCAGAUAAAAUAUAAUACAACUUCAGACAUUUACAUAUGCUAACUUACUGUUUGAUCAUUUAUUAUAAUUUUACUUGAUUUAUAUUAGUUUGGUACAAAACUAACCAAAUAAUUUCUAUUAUGUAUUACUCAUUGCCUCAAUUCUGUUUGUCCAUUAGAAAAUUUUUCAAACAAAAAACGCAGAGAUUUAAC